AGUAAAUGUCAUUCUCUCAUGCUCUAAUACGGAAGAAAAAAAAAAAAGCCUCUUUCUCUCCAAGUUUCUCUCGCUCACUCUCUCUCUCUCUCUCUCUCUCGCUCGCUCGCGCGCGUGGUUUGGUAAUGGCCGGAGAUGAUCCACAAGCGGAGAAGACGAAAUCCGUUGUAGUGAUCUUGAUAGGGGCUCCGGGAAGCGGAAAGACGACCUUUUGCAAUGAUGUCAUGAGUGCCGCCGUCCGCCCAUGGGUCCGUGUUUGCCAGGAUGUAAUUGCAAAUGGAAAAGCUGGAACAAAAUUGCAGUGUCUGAAGACUGCAACUGAGGCUCUGAAGGAUGGAAAGAGUGUGUUCAUUGAUAGAUGCAAUUUGGAACAGGAACAACGAGCUGAUUUCGUGAAGCUUGGUGGAACACAAGCGGAGAUUCAUGCAGUGGUUCUUGAUCUCCCUGCCCGGGUUUGCAUUUCUCGAUCGGUGAAGCGGACUGGGCAUGAGGGGAACUUGCAGGGUGGUAAAGCGGCUGCUGUUGUCAACCGAAUGCUGCAAAAGAAAGAGCUGCCUAAGUUGAGUGAAGGAUUUACUCGUAUUACUUUUUGCCUUAAUGAGAAGGAUGUUAAGCAGGCUGUUGAUACAUACAUUGCAUUGGGUCUGUCUGAUAGUCUUCCUUCUGGAAUUUUCGGUCAGAAAAGCGACGAUUCGAAGGUCCAGCUUGGCAUUAUGAAAUUUCUGAAGAAAAUAGAGGUUCCAAAAAAUGUUGCACCUAAUGAAAACUCCUCUCAAUCUAGUGCAGCAAAACAGGAAAAAGAAGGGGACAAUCCUUGCUCUAUGGAACUUGGUAAGGAAUGCAACAAGAAAGAUGAGUUAUGUGGUAAAUCUGUUGCUGAUAUUUGUUCCCAGGAUGAUUUUCAUACUUUGGCUUUUCCAUCCAUCUCAACUUCUGAUUUUCAAUUCAACCAUGAGAAGGCAUCAGAUAUUAUUACAGAAGUUGUUGCUAAUUUCCUGAUAAAGGUGGACAAUGUCAGACUUGUUUUGGUAGACUUGAGUCAUAAAUCAAAUAUUUUGUCUCUGGUAAGGGCCAAAGCUGCAAAGAAACAUAUUGACAACAAAAGGUUUCUCAUAAAUGUUGGAGACAUUACUCGACUUCACACAGAGGGAGGAUUGCACUGUAAUGUAAUUGCAAAUGCUGCCAACUGGCGGUUGAAGCCUGGGGGUGGAGGUGUCAAUGCGGCUAUAUUUAAAGCAGCUGGUGAAGCUCUGGAAAUUUCAACUAAGCAACAUGCCGAGACACUCAGCCCUGGGAAUUCUGUUGUCGUUCCCCUCCCUUCGACUUCUCCAUUGCAUCAAAGAGAAGGGGUGACUCAUGUCAUCCAUGUUCUCGGGCCAAACAUGAAUCCACAAAGACCGAACUGUCUCAAUGAUGACUAUGUUCAGGGUUGCAACAUUCUUCGUAAUGCAUACUCGUCGCUUUUUAAGAACUUUGCGUCCAUCUCUCACAGCCAAAAUAAUCAGGACAGUGACAGAAACUCUAAAGCUGGAUAUUCAGAUACUCAGCGUGAUCUUGGCAAAGGUACCACUCUGGAAAAUCAUCAGAAGGCUAAGCGAGAGAUUUCUCAUGAUUGUGAAAAGAACAAGAAAUGCAAAGGAGUCGAUUCAGAAGAUGAGCUUAUGGAACUUGAUUGUGCAGGUCCUGCCAAAAGUUUAGAUAGAAGCCAGAAGAAAUCAUACAUACAGACCAGAUGAUCUCCAAGGUUGUGAAAAAAAACUGGGGAUUCAUGGGCACAAGCUCUUCAUCAAAUAGCCAUGCAUCCUGAGAAGCAUAAGGAUGUUAUUCUUGAGAUGUCAGAUGAAUUUGUUGUUCUAAAUGAUUUAUAUCCAAAGGCAAGAAAGCAUGUGCUUGUGCUGUCAAGAGCAAAUGGCCUUGAUUCUCUUGCAGAUGUGCGAAGAGAACAUCUUCCAUUAUUGAAGGCAAUGCAUUCAGCAGGGCUGAAGCUGGUUGAGAAGUUCUGCACUGAUGAUGCUUCCUUGAUAUUUAGACUUGGAUAUCAUUCAGUACCAUCAAUGCGGCAACUGCAUCUUCAUGUGAUAAGUCAGGAUUUCAACUCUUUGCACUUGAGAAACAAAAAACACUGGAACUCAUUUAACACUGUGUUCUUCCGCGACUCUGCUGAUGUGAUUGAAGAAAUUGAGAAGAUAGGAAAGGCGACAUUGAAUGAUGAUGAAAAACUGUUGUCUAUGGAGUUGCGUUGUCACCGCUGCAAAAGUGCACAUCCAAAUAUUCCCAAGCUCAAGUCUCAUAUCGCCAAUUGCAAAGCUUCCUUCCCCUCUUCACUCCUUCAACAUGGCAGGCUAGUUUUUGCUUGCAUGAAAACUACCAGUGGAGCUUAACUGUUUACAAGCUUUUAACAUCCUGGAAAAAGUUUUGAGUAGUGCAAACAAGUUAUAGAAAUAUGUAUAAACUGAUUGUGUAUAACUGAAUGAAUUAUGGAUUGACACAAUAUAAUGUUUUGAAUCU